AACCUGAAGCGAUACACACAAACACCGGGGAGACGUCCACUAGAAUCCAAGUGUGAGUUGGGUACAAUUAAAGUCAAUUAAAGUUUGACUUAUUGGAUUUUUUUUUUAAAUUAAAAACGUACUAAACGUCAACCUUGGGAUGGAUCGAGCGGCAUUCGGCUUUUACAGGCAAUAGCAAAGACAUCUACAUCAACGGGAAAUAGUAAAAGAACUGGCUGGAUGUUUGCUUUAAAUUUGACUUUCCUAUAGCGUUAGAAUCUAAUUUAAUGGGGACCACACACACCGAGCCAGACCUUGCUGUGCGACGUGAAAAACAACAACCCGAUUGCGAAGAAGAGUGUUGUUUCCGUUUCUCAGAUUUUUUUUGAUCGUGACACUUGUUUUUUUUUCUCAGAAUUAGUGACCUGAGUUUAGACUGACAGGCAUUGCUUCUUCUUUUUUUCACGACAGGCUGAAUCAUCAGGAAUAACCCUAUUGAUAAUAAAUAUGCAAACUAACAGAAAUAUAAAAUGAUAGUGUCCUUUAUGUCAUUUUAAUUCAAAUUUGGUAUGGAAGAGAUUUGAGGUUUUAGACCAUGAGAGACAACACACGGGGGAAAAUACAACAGAUUCAGGAAGCGGAUGUUGUCAAAGCUUGGCAGCAGCAGGCUAAACAGAAGGAGGAAAAAAACUACAGAAGACGGCUAAUUUGACCGAUUUCUUUUUAGACUUUAACCGAAAGAAAACAUAAUGCCACCACUUUCCUCAUUUGACCAAAAGGAAUAAUUUUUAAUCGUUGUCCUAUUAGAUUUCUUUUUUUUUUUUUUUUUUUUGCCGUGUCCGCGGCGAGUUAGCAUACCGGCUAGCGGACAAGCUAACUGGGCUACUGACACCAUGUCAAGUGGUCGUCUCUUUUCUGACUGGGAUGACGAAACCUGUUAGUCAAGAUCUGGGAAUUAUUAACAUUCACGCUCAACUCAUCCAACAUCCCCGAUGACUGUAACCGCUAUGAAGAGCUGCUCGACAAGAACGGCAGUUAUUUGCACUAAUCAAAUCAUUGGGGAAAGGGCCUUUGUGAUGUCAACAGCCUUUGGUCUUGUGUGCAUGGCCGUACAGAAAGUGACAGUGGAUUUAAGUUGCUUCUCAGGCAAGUUGACACAUCCAGAAAUGUAUUAACAAUUAAUCAAUGUAUUUGGGCUACGUGUCACACAUCCUGCUUCCAGUCGAUCCGGGUGACAUCAUGGAAAAGUAAACAAUUACAUGCGAAUGCCUGGUAACCUGACAUACCUGUAACCAGUGAAAUGACACAUUUACAACUUUGUUGCUCAUUGCAAGUGGUUGGGGCUUCACUGUGUAAUCCUUCAGUGCCGUUGAUCAGUUUCUAGCUACUAUUGAAAUAAAACGCCGAGAGACUAAUCGAGAGCCAAAUCAAGUCGAAUCCACAUGGCUGCACAUCUGGCCACGAUGCCAGCCGCGCUGUUCCUCUUGAUGCUGAUCCCGGCGUUCUGUAGCCUGGGACGUGCCAUGUCGCGGGACGAGAAGCAAAAGUUGAGGACCCAAGUGGUAGAGAUGUUUGACCACGCGUACCAGAAUUACAUGGACCAUGCUUACCCAGCCGACGAGUUGAUGCCUUUAACAUGCAGAGGAAGAGUACGAGGCCUGGAACCCAGUCGGGGCGACGUGGACGAUGCGCUUGGAAAGUUCUCGUUGACCCUCAUAGACACUUUGGAUACUCUUGUGCUUUUGAACAAGACGGUGGAGUUCGAGGCUGCGGUCAGGAGAGUCCUGUCAGACGUCAGGUUGGACAAUGACAUCGUGGUGUCGGUUUUUGAAACCAACAUUCGAGUCCUCGGGGGUCUGUUGGGCGGCCACUCCAUGGCUGUGAUGCUGAAGGAAGAAGGCCAACACAUGCGGUGGUACCAGGACGAGCUGCUGCACAUGGCCAAAGACCUGGGCCUCCGACUGCUGCCAGCCUUCAACACCAGCAGCGGCCUUCCUUACCCCAGGGUGAACCUGAGGUACGGUGUCAGGGGUCCUGAGACGCGGACGGGCACGGAAACGGACACCUGUACGGCGUGCGCGGGAACCAUCAUCCUGGAGUUUGGUGCCUUAAGUCGCUUCACUGGUGAUCCUGUAUUUGAGGCCCAUGCCCGGAGAGCCCUGGACUUUCUUUGGGAGAAGAGGCAGAGGAACAGCAAUCUGGUGGGGACCACCAUCAACAUCCACUCAGGAGAGUGGGUCCGCAGAGAUAGUGGAGUUGGAGCGGGAAUUGACUCGUACUAUGAAUACCUACUCAAGGCCUACGUCCUCCUGGGUGACGACCAGUUUCUGCAGCGGUUUAAUAUUCACUAUGCAUCCAUAAUGAAGUACAUUAGCCAGCCUCCCCUGCUGUUGGACGUCCACAUCCACAAACCUCUGCUUCCCGCUCGCACCUGGAUGGACUCUUUGUUGGCUUUCUUCCCCGGGCUGCAGGUGUUAAAGGGAGACAUCCGUCCAGCCAUCGAGACUCAUGAAAUGUUGUAUCAAGUUACCAAGAAACACAACUUCCUACCAGAGGCCUUCACUACUGAUUUCAGGGUACACUGGGCUCAGCAUCCUCUGAGGCCAGAGUUUGCAGAGAGCACCUAUUUCCUUUACAAGGCCACGGGAGACCCGUACUAUCUUGAAGCGGGGCGCACCAUCAUGGACAACCUCAACCGCUUUGCUCGGGUCCCGUGCGGUUUCGCUGCCAUGAAGGACGUGCGGACCGGCAGCCACGAGGACCGAAUGGAUUCUUUCUUCCUUGCCGAGAUGUUCAAGUACCUUUUCCUGCUUUUCGCUGAUACGGAGGACCUACGCUUCAACGUGGAGGAUUACAUCUUCACGACCGAAGCACAUCUUUUGCCUCUGUCACUCUCCACAGCGCCUCAUGCUCCGUCUGUUCUCCCAAAUAGAACGAUACCUCAGUCGGAGCAGGAGCUGGACGACUCGAACUUCGACUGGACCUGCCCCAACACGCGCCUCCUCUUUCCUGACCCAGCCUUCCCUCGUAACCUGAGGGAACCGAUUCGUAGCGCCGUGGAUAAAAGCUGCCCGCGUCCUGCUCCUUACAGGGAGCCCGGCAUGGGAGCCCCUCCUCUGAGAGCCCAGGACUUUAUGGCCAACAGCCCGGAACAUCUGGAGCUGCUGAGGAGGAUGGGCGUCAGCCUCAUCCACCUGAAGGACGGCAGGGUGCAGCUGGUGCAGCAUGCCACGCAGGCGGUGAGCCCAAUAGCCGCUGAGGACGGCGUCCGCUUCAUGCAGGAGAUGAUGGAGCUUUCUAGCCAGCAGCAGAAGGAGCAGCUGCCUCCCCGAGCCAUUCAGAUCGUCUCGCAUCCGUUCUUCGGCCGCGUGGUGCUGACCGCCGGCCCGGCACAGUUCGGCACGGACUUGUCCAAAAGCUCCACGGGGGUUCGAGGCUUUGUCACCGUGGCCGAGCCCUACACCGGCUGCAGUGAGAUCACCAACGGCGAGUACGUGCAGGGCCACAUCGCUCUGCUGCAGAGGGGCCAGUGCAUGUUCGCGGAGAAGGCGCGGCACAUCCAGAAGGCCGGCGCCAUCGGAGGCAUCGUCGUCGACGACAACGAGGGAAGCAGCAGCGACACGGCGCCUCUCUUCCAGAUGGCCGGCGACGGCCGCAACACGGACGACAUCACCCUGCCCCUCCUCUUCCUCUUCCACAAGGAGGGCAACAUCCUGCUGGAGGCGCUGAAGGAGUACAGAGAGGUGGAGGUUCUGCUCAGCGACAAAGCCCGAGACCGAGCUGCCAUAUUCAAAGGCGCCGACGUCCGCCAGGCGGAGGAGGACUGCCAAACCGAGGCCACCACGCCCGCUUCCUCCGUGCCCAUUGGCCAGGCGGCGGAGUCGAGGGCGGCGGAAUCCGAGUCAGAGGCGACGUCAUCGCAGGAAGAUCAAGACACAAGUCCGUCCCAAAGAGAGGACGUCGGGCCGACGGAGGCCGAAGCGCCCAAAGCGGACUCAGGGGAGAAAGAGGAGCGCCGCGUUGACGCGGACGCCGCCGGCCAAUCGGUGGACAAGCUGCUGGCCGAUUGGCGGGACGACCUGGAGGCCUUCCGGCAAAUGGAGAAAGACGAGCUUUGAUGCUCCCAAUCCAACGGUGAACUUUAACACCGACGUGUUCAGCGCCUUGUCCGCGGACGCCGCGCGGUGCCAAGGCAAGGCUGGCCACACCGGCCAUCGGCGGACCACGAUGGAGUCCUCUUAAACCUGCUUGAUGACGGAUGAGAGAGCAGGUUUCUUACCUACAGUGGCAAAAUUCUGUGAAUUUUUAAAGUUGGAAACUUUCCAUGGGAAUUAUCGGGGGAGUUUGCAGUUUUUAAAGCACUAGCAAGAUUUGAAUGUAGCUUCACUUCACUAAUUAUUUUCCAGAUGUGGAUAUUGCGCCAUAGUUUCAGCAAAGCUCCUGAAGCCCAAGCUAACAGGUCGGCACGUGGCUACGGGGCUGUGCCGGUCACCGGCUAUGAGUGUGCCCGCAAGUGCACGGCGAAUGAUUGACACCUUGUGGGUCACACAUUUUGUCUGUGAUAGGUUGUUCUUCCUCUGGCGCGGCAGUUUCGUAAUUUAAAAACACAAACUUCCCCUUUUUUGACAGGGAUUUAAGGGAAUUAAUAUAAUAAGGAAUUUAAAUAUAGUUAGGAAAAAUAUCUUUUAGCAUAAUCUCUUGACAAUAAUCUGAUUUCACCUCAGCAAAUCAUGGCCAUUUCGGAGCAUUCUGUUGUCUCUCGUCUUUUAUUUUCAUUGUUUUCGUUGACUGCUUUCAUUGCAAAUACAGUGCGACCUUGCCUAAUGAGAGCCAUCGUCUGUUUUGUUCUUGUUUUGUGUGGCGCAAAUUUCUGUUACGAGAAAUCUGCAGAUACACCGCCACUUGAGUAAAGUUACAAAAAAACAAAAAAAAAAACAAUGGAGCAAUUAAGGUACUGUGAUGCCCUUGCACGUGGGCAAGGAGCGCUAUCGCUUUUAUGUAAAUGUCUGCUUAUGACAAAACAUGUGUUUAUCAAAUUAGCCCUACUUCUCUUACAUUCCCAUGUAAAGUUUUCAAUUUGGAAUGUUUCCAAAAUUCCCCAGUUGAAAUUCUCUUGGAAAUGUACCUGAAUUUUCCACCCCUUUUGCAAAUCCAUUCUUACCUCACUGUGUCUGACAUUUCUUUACCACAAAAAAAAAAAAAAAAAACACAAAUUAUUAUCAAGGAGACAGAUUUUGUGUAUAUAUUUUUUUUAUUUGUAUUUUUUAAAGACCAGUGUUUCCCAACUAACAUUUAUUGUGCCAAGGCACGUAAAUUACUCUAAAUUUGGGCUAGUCAGCUAUCGGGUGAAAUUUCAAUAACCCAAAGAAGUGUAUUUACGUUCUAAUUACCUCACGGACCACCGCCAUACAAAAGUCACACAAAGUAUACACAGUAUACUGAUGUCAUUAAUUGUGUGUAAUCUCACAACUACAAUGCCGUAGCGUGAAAUUUGGACUCGUUUAGUUAAACACGAAGCUAUUAUUCUGUUGUAUGAAUGGCAACAGGUGGAUGCGCAGUUGAAUUGUGUUUUCUGUCAUCUAGUAGGAGAACAUUUAAUUGUUUUGCUUGUCACUGUAAGUCACUGGCAUAAAUAGAUGAACAAAUAUAAAGUAAAGAAUUUUUUGGGCCAAUUAAGGAGCGUUUUAUAAUUUCCCGCUAAGUGGUUGGGAAUCAUUGAUCUAGACCUCCACCAAUACAGGGGGAGAAAAAGAGAAUGACACUUUGGUUUGACUUUUCAGUCUGGAUUUUGUCAUUAAUUGUAAUUAUGAAACUGAAUGGCCCCUGUCCACAAAGUACCAUAAAAAUCAACAGAAUUGUCUUGAUUUUGUUUGCUUAAUUUAAUUAACAUCAGCUCCUUGGUGGAGGUAAUUAAUUGUGCUGGUGUCCUCUAUGCAUUUCAGUCUUUUUGUAAAAAAAAAAGAAAAGAAACAAAUCUCAAAUGAUUGUCGCCCAGCGUCAUUCAUCCUCCAGUAGAUCUUUGUUUAAUUAAAGUGAAGUAUGUGGAAAGGGUCUAAUUCUGCAUCACCGCCUGCCACUUUUUAGAGUGUCCUGAUGAUGACAAACUAAACAUCAUAUCGCCUCCCUGUAAGGAAGUCACUAAAGAUUGUAAAUAAAUACACUACUCACAAAAUGUUUGAGAUACUUAGCUUUUGGCUAAAAUCGCCAGAUGGACCUAGAAGGUACUAAAACCUUUACGCAAGUUAACCUAAAUGCGUUUUCUAAAUUUGCUGGUUAUGUGGAGGGCAAAUAUUAUUACUGUCUAUUUUUUAUUCCUACAAUACAACUACAAUACUGUUGAGUGCACUUUUUCUUACGAAAGACCCUAAAAAUAUAUUUUUUUGUUGGGACUGGAACGAAUUAAUUGCAUUUCAGUUCAUUGCACUGUGAAAAGGUGAUUUGAGAUGCAAAAUUUUUGCGAUAAGAGCGUAUCGAGAUUUUGUGAGUAGUGUAUUCGUCAGUGUUUAUUGACUUAAGUACCACAAAAGCUGUUAGCUCAGUUUUGGCUUCGUCCCUGCAGGAAAGUGUCAUGUCCAUAUUGGCCACAGAGGGGCGCUAAACUAACUAAAUGAUGAGGAGGAUGAUGAUGAGCAGGAAGAAGAUGACAAAUGAUGAUGAUUAACUUAAUAAAACUUAAGACUUGUAA